AUGAAGGGCCCAUUAGCGCGGCAGGGUUGGGGCCCGCGGACGGUUCGGGCCUCCCGGCCCCGCGUUUCCCGGAAGGCCACCUCAGCCUCGAACGAGCCCACGUGCCGCUGCUGUCUCGUGGAGAAGAGCGACGUGGCCGGCUCAGAGCCCCGAACCCAGGGCGCGUGGGCCACGGGCUGCACUCGCCUGAUCCGGGUGACCUGCCCCAGCGGGGCCCGGCCCCCAGGACACCCUCCCCGGCCUCGCUUGCCACACACCCCACGUCCCCGGGGCAAACAGCCGCGUGUGCGCCCUGAGAGCCUGGCCGCGGGGGCACUCUGCCCGCAGGAUGGGGCCCCAGAGGCCGAGGCACCGCCGCCCAGGCUGGGACUCCGGGGGGGGGGGGGGGGGGAGGAGACCGGUUGGGCGGGGCAGGUGGGCGGGGCCUUGCGCGGGCGGGGUCACGUCCCUCCUCCGGACACGCCCUUUGCUCUUCGGGACCCGACGGUGGGCGGUGGCGGCCAGAAGGGCCUCUGGGGCGCGCCCGGCGGAACCACAGGGGCGCGCAGUCCUUCCGAACGGUGCGGCGGCCCUGGCUCGGAGGCAGGAGGACCCGCCAAGCUCCCGGCGCCGCGCUUUGGGCGAGAGCCUCCCGGCCGUCUUUCACCGCGGAGGAAGCAGAUCCCGAGUCGCUGUCCUGCGCCCCAGCGACCCCGGGUCUGUCCACGUCGCCCGGCCCUCCCUGCGCUGCGGCUGGAGUGUCCUCUGGCCUCAGCGCGCGCGUCUCCCCGGGGAGCCGGUGGCCGCGGUGCGGGACCAGAGCGCGGGGCGAGGGCCGCGCGUCUACCCGGCGCUCCGGGGUUCCCAAGGCCGCGCCCCGGACGGUCCCCAGCCUCCUGGAGGCCGCGCCUCGGGCACCCCUCCCCCGGUGCCCGGGUCCCGCGGGUGAAGGCCUGUGGACUUCGGCGUCCUCCCCGCCCGCCGUCUCUGGCCUGCGCCCCCGCCGCCCCCUCCCCGGGGCUCCCACCCGCACCCCGUUCGGCGCCCCCUGGCGCAGCCCCUCCUCCGGCGAAGGUGGCCUGCGGGGAAGCAGCGCCUCUGGGCUCCCAGCUUCGGGCGGACCUCCGCCGCCUGAGCCGAGAGGUUCGAGAAUGCCAUCUCCUGGUCUUGAAGAAAACGUCCUACAAAGGAGCGCUUUUCGGGGCGAACUUACACGUUGUCGGGAAGCGCAGAGCGCGCUACUUGGCACAGACCCUCAUGCGUUCGAUCGUAUUUAUUCGGCACCUACUACGAGCCGGGCGCGCCCAGGAACGCAGCGCGCUCCACGACCCCUCGCGCACUGGCCGGUGCGGGUGGGUAACGAACGAUUAACAGGGGGCUUGGGGAGUGUCUGCCGGACGGACCGGCUCGCUGGCGGAGGCGGGUCGGGAGGGUGGGCCCCUGCGGAGGGCGGGUCGGGGUCAGGUCCUCGCAGCCGGCUCCUUGGGCGGAGGCGGGAGGGGAGGCGGGCCCAGGAAUGGAGCUUGGAUUGAGGAGCCAUCGAGUCCUCGGAGACGUUAUCAACGAAGCGGUCCUCCGUCUGUGUUCCGCUCGUCGUGGUCGCUGAGCUGCGGCCCGCCGGGACCAUGGCCACUCUGGGGGCCACCCCUGCAAAGGGCCCUUGCUUUGCGCCCAUGAUCCUCAAACCCUCGCACGAUGAGGCUUCACGGGGGUCCGACUCAGGGGUUGCUGAGCUAACCCAGGGGUCCGCGAGCCUAAGAAGACCACGGAGGUGCCCGGAUGUAACCCCUGCAGCGUCCAGGUCAGAGAGCGAGGGAAGAGCAAAGGACAAAGAGAGGCGGCCGUAAAUCACAGCUCCAGCGCUCUUUCCCCAGGGCCGCGCGGGCCCCAGAUGAGCAGUCGCUGGUAAUGAGCUCUCCCCUGGGGGCUGCUCUCCUGGGGGUGUCUGACCGCGUGCCAAACGCACUAAUUGAGCACCGCGUAAAAGAUUUGUGUUAGGGCCUCUGCUCGGCUGCCGUGGCCACGCUCCCAGGAUGGGACGGGACCAGCUCCGGCCGGGUGGAGGCUUCCGGAAGGGCUCUUGGCUACACUCCAGCCUGGCCCCGGCCCCUUCUGUGGGGCUUCCCGGCGGGUGAGGGUCCAGCGGUGCCACGGCAGCACCAGCCCCGGGAUGGGUGGCCUCCACGGGCCCCUCGGGUGCCCCAUCCUGGCGAUGUGUGUCCAGCGGUCUUGGCCACGUGGGAGGGGGCUGACCCCAUCGUGGGGCUGUCUCUGCCCCACCCUGCGUGCGGGGCCUGGGCUCCCUGGCUUGAAUGUCUUUGUCCAUCGCAGGCCUGUUGUUGGGGUGGAAGCAGAUGACAUGCUAAGUGACAACUGUGUGCUCCGGUUAUUCACACGGUGACCGAGGCGCUCCUGCUAAGGCCUCGUCAGCGCAUUGCUGCAUCCCAGCAGCGUCCCAGCAGACAGGAAGUUGGGAGGGAGCCAGGGGCCACCCAGGACCAGGUGAGGAGGGGCCCGAGUCCAGCAGAGGAAGGAGCUGUCUAUUAUGAGGGCAGAUUUGCAUUUUAAGGGUCACUGAGCACCAGGGGGUGGGGCCUGGACCCCGGCCAGAGGCUGGCGUGAGGCAAGAGCCACAGGGCCCUGUCCCCACUCCCCCCGCGGUUGGGGCGCUCAGGGGCCUCUGUCUCAGGAAAGCCUCUCCGGUUGGCGCCUCACGUAAGAGACCGUGUUUGCUCUAGCCUGGGCACCCUGCCCUGGGUCCCGUGAGUGGGGAACAUCCAGGCCAUGGAGAAUAGGCCCCCUGAUGCUGGGUGGGGGGGGGGGUGGUCUGCAUGUGAGGCAAUGCGCCCCCCACACUCCCUGCAAUGCAUGAGGGUCUUGUGCUCCAGGCGCAAGGCUGCCUGCUGCCCGGCUUGGCCUCUGUGGGCAGUGGGCUCAGUGGGCCUGGGGAGAGGAGUGAGCUGGGCCCAGCGCUCGGCUCUGGCACGUGAGCCCCAGUCCCCCCCCCCCCGU